GAAAAAAAGGAAAAAGAAAAGAAAUAGUAGAAAAAAGAAUCUCAAAGUACUGAAAAUAGAUUGAAGAAAUUGUACAAAAAGAAUCCAUUCUUUCAUCAUCAAAACAGAGAACCAUUAGUGAUAUUGUUUAUUAUAUCUAUGCAGAGAGUAAAGCCAUAACCAGGCAGGGAAUCCCGUGACACUUUUCAACCUCUGCAUCUCUGCAUAAAAAGAUCAAAAUAUAUAUAUAUAUAUAUAUUAUAAUUAUGGCUUUGUAUCAUCAGUCCCCCACCCACUCUGUAACCCUUAGUCUCUCAUCCAUCACUCCUUCUUGUCUUUUUUUCUCUCUCUUUCCUCUGUCUUCCUUAUUAUUAUUAUAAUAACCUAGAGAAGCUCCAUAGCACUCAGUCUACUACACCAUCUCUCUCUCUCUCUCUCUCUCUAUUUUCUCUCUCUAUCUCUGUGUGAUUGUUACUGAUCAUUGUUAUAAAACCCAUAUUUGGGGAAAGAGGAAGUGAAGGCAAUGCCAAGCUCUAAUUCAUUUUUGAGGCAGUUAAGUGGGAGGGAAGGUUGGAAAUCCACAUCAAACAGGUGGAGAGAGAACAAUAACAACAACAAGAAGCAGAGUCGUGGUGGUGGUUUGGAAGGAGGUUUGAGGCAAAUGGAAGGGUUUAAUAUGUAUGGAAAUGGGGGCGAGAAUGGUGGUGGUUUGGCGAUGAGGAAGAGAGUAAUGGUGGUGGUGGAUGAGUCUUCUCAUUCCAAACAUGCAAUGAUGUGGGCUCUCACUCAUGUUGCUAACAAGGGUGAUUUGCUCACCCUCCUUCAUAUUGUUCCUUCUUCCCACAAGCCUGAUAGAGCUUCUGAUUCAUCAUCUUCUUCUUCUUCUCCUUACCUUGCCAACUCUCUUGGUUCUCUCUGCAAGGCUUGCAAACCUGAGGUGGAAGUGGAAGCAUUGGUAAUCCAAGGACCAAAACUGAGCACAGUAAUAAGCCAGGUCAAGAAACUUGAGGUGUCGGUGCUGGUUCUGGGUCAGAAAAAGCCGUCCUCUAUCAUCAGCUGCUUAUGUGGGAGCAGCAGCACAGAGGAGUUUGUGGAGCAGUGCAUAAACAAUGCAGAGUGUUUGACAAUAGGAGUGAGGAAGCAGAGCAAAGGAGUGGGUGGCUACCUUAUAAGUACCAGAUGGCAGAAGAACUUCUGGCUCUUGGCUUAGUUCUUCUUAUAUAUAUAUAUAUAUAUAUAUAUUUUUACCUUGUAUCAUCUCCUCUAAUGGUAUGACAUAUAUAUAUAUAUAAUCCUAUUAGUUUAGCUUCUAAUCUUACCUUUGUAAUUUACUAACUAGAUCUCUCUUGUAUCCCACCUAAUCAAAUAAAAUCUGUGUCUGAAUAAUCAAUUUUAAUAGUC